UCAACUGGGCGCCCACCAGGGUUGAGAACGUGGGAGAAGCCGACAGCAGGAAUGGCGGCCUUGGGGGUCUCACACUCAGCGGGAGGGCGAGCCGGGUGGAGUCCCGGGUCAAGCGCGGUGCGCGGCUGUGCGGAGAAUCCAGGCCGGGUCGGACGCGCUGCAGCGGGAGGCGCCGCGGCUCUGGGGCCCCAGUGGGAGGGAGCGGCGGCCGCGUCAGGAGCGGAUGAUGGCGGGAGGGCGGGAAGCCUGGAGCCUCUAGAGGAGCCCCGUCCUGAGGAGCCUGGUCUUGGGGAGCCGGGUCCUGAGGGCCCUGCAGGGGGGGAGGUGUGGGGUCUUCCGGCGGCAGUGCGGCCAUGGGGCGCCGGCGGGUGUGAAGCAGGCGAGAACGGGUCAGAUCCCAACAGUGACUUGAUGGUGGGACCCGCGGGCCUUCCCGACGGAGAUGGGAGGAAAACGGCGAGGACGCCCCGAAGGCUUCAGCCCGAGCCCCGAUCUCCCGAACCUAGUCCCAAGGAGACAUCAGACAGACCCCGGCAAAGCCGCUUCGUGGAAUGAGAGGGCUGAGGUCUCUGAGGGUGUCACGGCCACAAAGACGGAGAGGGGCCGGUGAGCCACCACAACCACACACGGCGUGCUAUCCCGGCCUGGAGUCUAUGAAAUCGGAGCCGAGGCAGCAAAUCAGACGACAGCGUUAGUGAAAAUGGACAUUUCCUAAAUUUGAUGACACUACUGAAGUGACUGAAGAGACCAGCCCUGCUUUUAGGGGAUUCCCUAACAUUUAAGGGGCGAAAAGGCGUGUGUGUGCAGCCCACCCUCGAAUGACUGUGUGCUACACACACCCAGUGUAAGGGCCGGGCAAAUGCUCACAGCCGGUGACGGGGCUCACAAUCGGGGAACCUGGCCCUGUUCUUGCAACUAACUUCAAAACAGCUUUUAAGAAUGAUAUGGCAGAGAGAAAGUGACAACUGAGUUUCCUCAUUGUGCUGACAAAGUCUGGGCUUCAAAGGCAAAGCUCGUAUAAAUUUAAGUGAUAUUUUUAGUACUUAAAAUUUGAUUUUUGUAAAUAUAAAAUCAAUAUAUUCUUAUUUUUGAAAAAGCAAAAAAUAGAGCAAAAGGGAGAGGAGAGAACAAGAGGGAGAACAAGAGUGUUACCGGGAGCCCCAGACUCAAGGCCCUGCUGUUCUGCCUGCUCGGCCGCUAUCCCGCCCACCGUGGUCUCCACAAGCCCCCUGCUCCCGUCCGGGUUCCAAAUCAUGUUGACAUGACAGGCGGUGCCUGACAGGCAGUAGGUGAAUCCCUUCAAAACUCUUCCUUCUCUCUUUGUUUUUCUUUUAAGUCUUUCACAGACCUCCCUAGAACCCUGAAUUGUGGGUUUCCACACUUUCUUCAAUUCAGUUGUUUCUUAGGACCAUAAAUGCUGAGUUCUGGAGGGGCCCGUGCUGUGUGUCCUGGAGGGGCCAGUGUGGUGUGCGGUGGACAAACUGGAGGCUCCCUGGGGGCUCCGGGCAACAAGCAGCAGGGCGCGCACCUUCUCGGAACCAGCGGCCCCACCCCACCCACCUGUGGGGCCCAGGAGCCAGCUCCUGGGUGCCCAAGCUGAACAUCUGCCAGCCACAUACAGACCUCCCCUUAAGGGGAGCAGCAGGGAGGCUGGACCCUUCCCCAGAGCAGAAUGCCAGGGGUCCUGUCCAAGGCUGCCCAAGCCCAGAGACAGCCCUCCUAUCCAUCGAAGCCGGGCGAGUUUCAACCCCUGCCCGGGGCCACACACUCCUUCAUGCAGAGCCUGGUGUGCAGACCCUGCUGCCUUGGAUGGUCUGUCCUGUGCCAGGCACGUACCUCCCCUCCUCCGGCAUCAGCCAGCUCCACGCCCAGAAGCGCCUGGUGCACCGUGGUGGCCCCGGUGCUGGUGUUUCCUGCAGGUCCCCAUCCUGCACUGCACAUCAUCCUGGUGUGCUCCUCCGUCCUUCCACCUUCCUGACCACGUGGGCCUCUAAUUCCUUCGCCUUCAUCUCCCUCCCAUUAGGAGAAUCUUCCCUAGCGGAUUCCUUUAGAACUUAAAGAACUUGGAGACCCAGUCGCCGUCCCUGGGCACCAGAAUAUCCGUGCAUUUCCUUCUUAACCUCCUUCCCUGGUCCCGUAUCUCCUUUGGCCCUGAAAAGACUCAUCCAUUUAUUUGGAA